UUGUUAAGUGGAGACGCACAACCGUGACUAGUUGACUACUCGUCCAGGCUCUUUUCUUCACUACUUAUUAGCCAUGGCCUCAACCUCAUCCAGUAUUGUUUUCGACGACAUCUUUACGACGGAUGCCAUCGACAAGGAUGGCAAAAAAUUCGACCGAGCCAACGGGGACAGUUUCGCAAUGGCCCUUGCUUCGUCACUGUCACGGGAUGGUGGUGCACCUACUGCAGAUGGCGAAGAUGGCGAAGACAAAGACAGAGAUGUAUGGAGACCAGAUGGUAAAGGAAGGAGAGGCUUGGAAGAAGAUUAUGACUAUGUAAUGUAUGGGAAGGUAUAUAAGUUUGAUACUGGAUCAUCCGACAUUGUCACGGCCUACGCGUCAUUCGGCGGACUCUUGCUGUCAAUAACUGGUUCAUAUCGACACUUAACCAAUGUUGUUCUCGGCGACCCCGUGUACGUACUACUCAGGAAAUGAUCGUUGUAGAUUUUGUACUGCACAGCACGCAUCCAUUGUGACGCACGUCAUGGGCAACAGUCAUGUCCAUUCAUCGAACUAAAUGCGUGACUCUGCGUGGUGCACCUGUACGGAGGGGCAAGCGUCCCAUCCUAAUUGUGAAGUUGGCCACAUCAGAUC